UCCAGCCAGGUAGAGUCAGUUCAGCUCCAGCUUAACCCAAGCCCUCCCACCACCAGCCACCGCAGCAGCGACCACGCAAACCCGACGACCGACCAUGUCUUCCGGCAACAGCAUGAGCAGAAUCACCUUCUACGAGGACAAGAACUUCCAGGGCCGCUCGUACGAGUGCAGCAGCGACUGCGCCGACAUGUCCUCCUACCUGAGCAGGUGCCACUCCUGCAGGGUGGAGCGCGGCUGCUUCAUGGUCUACGACCGCUCCAACUUCAUGGGCAACCAGUACUUCAUGAAGAAGGGAGAGUACUCCGACUACAUGAGCAUGAUGGGCAUGAGCGACUGCAUCAAGUCCGUCCGCAUGAUCCCCAUGCACAGGGGCAACUACAGGAUGAACAUCUACGAGAAGGAGAACUUUGGCGGCCAGAUGCACGAGCUGAUGGACGACUGUGAGAACGUUAUGGACCGCUACCGCAUGUCCAACUGCAUGUCCUGCAACGUGAUGGACGGCCACUGGCUGAUGUACGAGCAGCCUAUGUACAGGGGCAAGAUGAUGUACAUGAGGCCCGGAGAGUACAGGAACUUCAUGAACCAGGGCAUGAACGGCAUGAGGUUCAUGAGCAUGAGGCGCAUCAACGACUCUUACUACUAGACCAGCAGACCUCCAGUCUCCUCCAUGAGGUCAUCAACCACUCCAGUAGACCUUCUGUCUCCUCCAUGAGGUUCUAGACCACUACUUUUUCCCGACAAAUCAAGCCUUAAUCAAUGAAACCUAAUAAAAGCUAUUCUUGACACUAA